GCUCAACGAACUCAAUCCUGGAGCAUCCGGGAUCGAUUGCUUAAGAUUGGAUGGAGCUGGAGCCCGGAAAGUGAAGCACACUUGUCCUUCAUCAGACUUCUUUUUGUGUGUUGAGUCUUGAUAUUCUCCAAGAUGACAGCAGAAAGAGACCAGUCUGUGCUGGCAAGCAGUGCUCGGUCAGCAUCUUACAACAUGGUACUUCAGGUGAUGUUCCGUGUUGUUACAUUCAUGCUGAAUGCCUUCAUCAUCAAGUAUGGCUAUGUGCAUGAGGAUAUGUUAGGAGUCGUCAAUGUUAGAUUGAUGCUUCUAUACUCCACCAUACUUUUUAUAGCUAGAGAGGCAUUCCGCAGAGCUUGUCUUAGUCAGAGUAGUAAACACUACUGGCCACAAGUUAUCAACCUUCUGUGGUGCUCGUUUCCACUUGGUGUGGUAUGUGCCACCGUGUUAAGUUAUGUCUGGAUAGCCUUAUUAUCUCAUCCAGACCCUGAGAUUGUUCCACAUUACAAUACUUCUGUCCUGGUCUUUGCCUUCUCAGCUGUGAUUGAACUUGUAGCUGAACCUUUCUGGGUUGUUGGCCAGGCCAUGCUUUUUGUUCGUCUCAAGGUUGUGAUUGAAGGGAUUGCUAUAGCAUUCCGAUGUUCAUUGACUGUCUUUCUACUUCUUAUUAAUCCUCAUAUUGGUGUCACAGCUUUUUGUGUUGCUCAGAUUGUGUACAGCUAUGUCUGUGUAUUCCUAUACUUCCUUUACUUCUCCAACUAUGCCACGUUCCUUUCCAAGAAAGAUGAUACAUUUCCAAUGAAAGAAGCCAGAGAUUUCUUUCCCCGCCAUCUUCCAGACAAGCCUUGGACGAGUCCAGAGUUGGCCAGAUUGACUUGGAGUUUCUUCAAGCAAGGAUUCCUAAAGCAGCUUUUAACUGAAGGUGAACGCUAUGUGAUGACCCUAUUGAAUGUGCUGAGUUUCAGUGAUCAAGGAAUCUAUGAUGCAGUAAACAAUCUGGGUGCAUUAGCUGCUAGGUUCAUAUUCUUGCCCAUAGAAGAGAGUGGUUACCUAUUCUUUGCACAAACACUGAAGAGGGGCCAGGGCUUCAAGCAACAAGAUAAGGAUUCUAUUGAGUUAGCCUCCAAAGUGUUACAGAGUCUGCUAAAGUUUGUUGUUCUUAUUGGAUCCAUCAUUCUCAUCUUUGGCUAUGCCUAUUCCUACCUCCUUCUAGACCUGUAUGCUGGUCCUGUCCUAAGUUCCCCACCAGGUCCCAAGCUCCUACGUUGGUUCUGCGUCUAUGUUCUACUGAUUGCUAUUAAUGGAACCACAGAGUGUUUUGUGUUUGCUGCUAUGAGUCAACAUGAUGUAGACAGAUAUAAUACCAAGAUGCUUGGGUUUUCACUCGUCUUUCUUUCAUCUUCAUGGUACCUUACCAAAACUAUUGGUAGUGUAGGCUUCAUCUUAGCUAACUGUCUCAACAUGUUGGCAAGAAUUAUACACAGUAUAUAUUUCAUCGCUAAGUUCUACUCUGGGAGUCCAUUCAAGCCUCUGAAAGGCUUGAUACCAUCAGUAUAUGUUCUAAUCACACUAGCAUUUUCCUGGCUAAUCACAACCAUGUCAGAACUGAAGUACAAGCAGACAACAUGGUCGCAUCGAUUCACCCACAUAGGCAUUGGUGGUGCCUGCCUCCUAGGUGUCUUGAUAGUCAUCAUCUUCACAGAAACCCAACUUGUCUCCUUCAUCAGGGAGCAAUGGAAAGAGAGAAGGAAAGCUAUAGAAAAGAGGAGAUCAAAACCAAAGGAAGAGGACGAGGAGAGAUAUGAAGAUGAAACUAUACCUGGAAAGGAGAAGGUACAGUGAGUGCAGCUAGGACUCUUUAAAGUUGUGAAUUUGGUCAGAGAAUAGAGAUGGAAUGGUCAGAGAGAGAGAGACCAAAGAAAGUGACAGAAUGACAUAGGAAAAAGAAGAGACGACGAACAACAUGAUUGACUAUAGAUUAUAAGUGGAAGGUACAAAAAGCAUGGUUGAGAAGUCUGGAAUGUAUGAAAAUGGAAGCAUGUGAAAGGAAUGCUCAACACAAUCCCACUGUGGAGGAAAAGAGUGAAGAAAAAAGGUGAAGAUACACUCUAAUGAGAGCAAGGUAUAAUGAAUGAAGCAACGGAUAUGAGAAAUUUAAGGACCAAAAAAAAUUGAAAUCCACUGGAUUGCCUGCCUAAUCUAUAAUCAAAUUGUGUUAAACACAACACAUAUAACGUAGUAAUAUGUAUGCUUUUUCCUCACUGUAAGAAUUGCAAGGAUAUCGCUUGUGGUGAUGGGAUGACAAUUUUGGGUGAAAGAACAUUUUUUUAGGAAACUGUUCAAAUUGCAUUACAUUUUGUGUAAUUGUCCUUUCUUACUAGAAUAAUUCUUAAAAGAAAUUGUGAAAUAAUGUAAUCAUGAUGAUCAAGAGUAUUAUUGAUAUUGCUUGUUUUCAUAUUUUGAUAAUCAUAAUCUUCUCUUCUGAAAAGACUUGUUCUCAUCUACAUUCCAUUUUGUCACACAAUAUUAAUAAUACAGAAGAGAAAACAAAUCUCAAGUAAAGACAAUGGCCUCAUGUCUUGUAGAUAUUUGGCUUUCCGCUUCAUAUUUCUAACUUACAUCAUUUGCUCAUUUGAAUUGAGCCCUGUACUUUAUCUUUGGGUAUUUUGUAGAGUCUUCUAUGGACUGAUUCAAUCUCCUUUCUGAUGAUUUGAAGUUGUUAGACAUUCAGUAGUUAAUCAAUUAUGUCAAAUAUCUAUUUCUAUUGCUUUUGUAAUACUUUCUGUUCAGGGUGUUCAUGGGUUUCUAUUUUUUUGUUAUUUCAGAUGUCUGUCAGAUUUUUUUUACAAGUUUUUAUAGUUCUGCAGUCAAUAUUUAUUCAGACUUUAAAACCAAAUCCAGGGGUAAGCUUUUUUUAAGAAAUGAAAAUUCCAUUGUGCCAAUUUUUAAAGAAGUUGUUAACCCAAAACUUUUCUUAAUGAUUUAAUUGUCCCAGCUAAUUAUUGUUGUUAAAUUCUGCUGCCAAGCCUUGUCUAACUUAGCAUUAGCAUUUAGUCUUUAUGUAAAUGUAAACUUUGUAAUCAGAUAGUGAGAUACUAUUCUUGAAGUUAAGAUUUACAGAUAACCACUUUGUAUUUUUUGUUCUAGAAAUAUUUUGCAGAAGUUCAUUGUUCCAGAUACUAUGUUGAACUAUCUGAAUACUGGCAUCUAUCCAAAUCUUACACAUACCACAAAAAUGUUCCUACUUGUUCUUAUUGAAUCAUAGUUAUGCAAAUAAAUUAUGUUAGCUUAUUAUUAACUUCCUAAUGCUUUAUUUAUUUAUUUUUUUAUCAUUAAGAGUGUGUGGAGCUCAAUGCUCUGUGCAAAGGUUGUUUUUAUUCUAACUUUAUUAACAUGCAUUUAAUGCAUUUUCAAUGUUUGUUAAUUCUCAAAGUACUUACAUUCAAACUUUUAUUACAAUUUUAUAUAGCAAUAGACAUGAUCACAGAAUGUUUUCAAACAAAUAGAAUUGAAGUACUUACAUUAACAUAUUAAUCUUUUGCGUGGAAACUUUCAAAAUAUUACCAUUGUGCCUUCUAGAUUAUUCUAGGUGAUGAAGUAAAUUCUUGUAGUAGAAUAUAUAAAAGCAUUUCAACUCACAGAUUAGAUUCUACAUCAGAUAAAAAAUUACAGAGUUUAUUCCCAUGUAACUUCUUUAUUUGUUGAUUAUUUCUCUCACUAAGUUUUUGUUAUCAAAGACCAUUAGUGUUUGCAUUCAUUCGAUUUUACCUGUAUUAUUUUGAAGACUUAAAAUUUAACUCUUUAUACUCUUUUGCCUUAAUGUUUAUUUUAUGCAAA